UUGGUCACUGUGACAAUGCUCGUCAGUAGCCCCCACGCAGGGGGCGUGUCAGCUGUCACUGAUCACGUGACCCGGAAAAUGUGGGGCUUAAUUCCUGAAUUGGACUGCUUCCAGCUGCUGAGCUCGUGCGCUGAGCAGUGCAAACCCUCCGUCUGCCCCAUCACGACCCCCGCGGCCCGGGAGGACUCUACUCAUCACACCAUGUCGGCAGACCAAGCUUUUGUGACGCUGGCCACAAACGACGCCUACGCCAAGGGAGCGAUGGUCCUCGGCCGGUCGUUACUAAAGCACAACACGACCAAGAAGCUGGUCGCACUCGUAGGACCUCAUAUCUCUGAACCUUGCAGAGAUGCCCUCGUCUCCAUCUUCCACGAGGUGCUCCUGGUGGACGUGAUGGACUCGGGCGACACGGCUCACCUGUCGCUGAUGAAGCGUCCGGACCUUGGAGUGACCUUCACCAAGCUGCACUGCUGGAGCCUCACUCACUACAGCAAGUGUGUGUUCAUGGACGCCGACACGCUGGUGCUGUCCAAUAUCGAUGAACUCUUUGAGAGGGAGGAGCUAUCUGCGGCGCCGGAUCCCGGCUGGCCCGACUGUUUCAACUCCGGGGUGUUCGUCUUCCGGCCGUCCGAUGAGACGCACGAGAAGCUGCUCGAGUUCUGCAGCGAGCACGGCAGCUUCGACGGUGGAGAUCAGGGGGUGCUCAACAGUUUCUUUGACACCUGGGCGACGGCUGACAUUUCCAAACACCUCCCCUUCAUCUACAACCUCAGCAGUAUCGCCAUCUACUCCUACCUGCCUGCGUUCAAACAGUACGGCCACGAAGCCAAGGUGGUCCAUUUCCUGGGCAAGGUGAAGCCGUGGAGCUACUCCUACGACCCUCAGAGCGGCGAGGUCAAAGGUCACUCGCUGUCCCCGGACCAGUGCCACCUGCAUCCCGACUACCUGCUCAUGUGGUGGCGGCUGUACGCCGAGUCGGUGCAGCCUCUGCUGCAGCGGACGCACGGGGACGCGCCGUUCGACAGCGGCCUGGUGGACGCGGCGGCGGCGGCGGACGCUACGCUGCACGAGGAUGGGAGCGAGGGCCCGGCGGCCCCCGCCCCGCCCCCCCAGAAGGCUUCAUCCGAGGAGAGGAAGCAGCGCUGGGAGGCGGGCCAGAUCGACUACAUGGGCGACGACUCCUUCGACAACAUCGCACGGAAGCUCGACUCCUUCUUAAAGUAGAGAAAGGGGGGGGGGGGGUCGUGACAGACAGAGGGAGCACCAGUUAAAGCCCUUUCUGUGUGUGUGAUGGGCGGAGAUUUUAAGCGCCGCUCGGCCGAUCACAGUGGGCUUGAGCAGGGCGACUGGACCAACACCUCUGUGCAGCGUUCCGCCUCCCUCUCUGCAUCCCGUUAGUGAGUGUGUGUGUGUGUGCGCGCGCGCGUGUGUUUGUACGUAUGUGUGCGUACGAACGAGAGUGGAAGUGUGACGCCACUCUCGUGCACUCUUUCCAUUAAAUUUCCCCCUCAAAGGAAACGUUUGAUAUUUCACUUUCUUUGCUGAGAGUUAGACGAGAAGAUUGAUACUAAAUAUUAAUAUUAGGCCAGCAGCCGGCUAACUUAUUAAGGUAGCUAGCCCCACUUCUUUUUUUCAAAGGUGUGUUUCAACCCUACAGAUGUUUAACUGUCCGUCCUGAAUGAUAAGAAGUUGAACCGGCAAGUAUUCCCACUUGCCCUCUUCCUUGCUUCCAUUAAUAUUGGUUUAAAAGUUUUGUUUCAUAAAUUCCCCAGACGGUAAAACAUUUGUGAAAAUUCAAGGAUCAUUUCUUGUCAUUCUGUAACACAUUGAUGAUCAAACCAAUACAUUUUAUUUAAUUUUUGUCGGCACCGGGAACUGCAGAUAAUUUGGCGUUAACUUAACCAGACAGAAGCAGAUUUUUAGGUUCACUCAUUCCUCUAUAAAAAAAAAAGGGAGUCGGUCAAAAACAGCGACCAAUCAACACGAGCGGUUCAAUCUCCUCAUCUAACUCCUCGGGGAAGAAGGCAAAAAAUGUCAGACUAUUCCUUAUUAAGUGUUCUCGAUGGAGUCCAGAGCCUUCCGAAACUAAGAAAGUGAAAUCGUUUAAGUUUAAAAAAAGUUGUUUUGGUUAGUCACUACUCCUCUGCCAUAAGUCUCUCUGUAAACUACUUUAAAAGCAGAUAUGCAGCAACCGGCUCAUUUCCCUCCCAAAGUCCCUGCCUACUCAUGACAAUCUCGCUUUAGAUGAAGCGUCUGUCCCCCCCCACAUACUUCCACAUCCUGAAGUGAUGUUGAUGAGUCUGGUGUGUGUGCUCAUCUUUCCUCUGCAUGUUAUGCAACGUCCUCGGCGGUACGUCCUUCACUUCCUGUCGCGUUACCAGCUGCCUUAUAGCCGCUCACUGUUUACAAAACCUCACAACGCGUCAGACUUUGCCGAGGCCCCUCCUCCUUUCCAGAGGCCCCUCCUCCUUUCCCGUUCCCAAUACCUCUUUCCCUUCACUCCAGCUGUGUGACCUCAGACUAAACCAUAAGAAGAACAAUCCUCUCCUCGCUCCGUCCUGAAUAUGCAUGAGUAUCCGUCGUGACGUCGGCUCGUGCAGAUCCGUCCCGUCACCUCGCCGUUACCUGUACAUCCCUGUAGAAGCGUCAAUAAAAGAACUGGUGAAGACGUAA